CACAGUACUUAUCAGGUGCGUACUACCCUUAAAAGGUUUUAGUUUUUUCUUUAUUUUGUGUAAAAAUUUAUGUCCGUUGUUUGAAAAAUGUCCAAAAGAAGUUUACCACUUUGGAUGCGCGACGCGGAACUGUCCCCUGCACCGGGAUCGAAAAAGCGAGUUCUUUCGGAAAGCACGAUCAAUGAAACCGUCGCCACCGCCGUCAUUCUUCCGGCAAAAGACGCCCAGCUGGAGCUGACUGAGCAGAAACAGCAACCGGAUCAAGAGGAUACUCCUCGUCGAAGGCUUCGCAGCAACUUCAAGAUCGCGGAUGAAAUUCCCAAGCGUGAACCGACCGUACAGCUAAACAUCGAGGAUGUCCCUUUUAUCGACUACCGAGGAAAGAUCCGGUACUACACGGACAUGCGGGACAUGGCCUUUGCGUGCGACCAGCUGGUGCAGUGGGUGGAGAAGAGAUGCGCCAUAGAGCAUCCGGUGGUGCCGAUCGCAUUCGAUUUGGAGUGGCCUUUCAGUUUCCAAACCGGUCCGGGUCGGACCGCGCUGAUGCAGCUCUGCCUGGAAACGGACGUUUGCUAUCUGUUUCAGUUGUCGUGCGUGAAGAAGCUACCGGCGGCGGUGCUGCAGCUGCUGACCCAUCCGCGGGUGCAGCUGCACGGGGUCAACGUGAAGAACGACUUUCGGAAGUUGGCACGCGAUUUUCCGGAGGCGAAUGCCGACGCGCUGAUCGAGCGGUGUGUGGAUUUGGGCGGGUGGUACAAUCGGAUUCACGGGUCGUGCGGGGUGUGGAGCAUGGAACGGCUGGUGCUGCAGGUUUGCCGCCUGAGGGUGGACAAGAACAAGAAGGUCCGGAUGAGCAAGUGGCACGUGCUGCCGCUGAGCGACGACCAGAAGAUGUACGCCGCCGUGGAUGUUUAUAUCGGUCAGGAAAUCUACCUGCGGUUGAAGGAUAAGGAGCGCCAGCUGGAACUGGAACAGCAGGAGCUGAAUCUCGCCUUGAAUCCCCCACAGACGGAAUAAGCAUUUAUGGCACACAACAGUAGCAGUUAGUUCCUUG